UCCAUUUUUGUGCAUUUAAGAAAUCUCCAAGAAUUACCAACCUGGAGGAAAGCGAGCUAAGCAGAGUGACAGAGGAGGGUUAAGGACUCCAAACGAAAACAAACAAGGACGGACCUGGCAUCUUUUAUUCCAACAUGCGAGUACAACCUUUCUAAAGGAUGGCAGCGAUGGGUUAGACAGGAUUUAACAUGACUGCAAAAUAAAAGCCACUGUGUGUAAAAGAUGUCUGCUCCACAAGGGCCCCGGGGCGGCGCUGGCCCUGCUGCUGCUGCUGCUGCUGCUGCCUCAGCGGCCGGCGCCAUGCCGGAGAUGCCGGACCUCAGCCACCUCACCGAGGAUGAGAGGAAGAUCAUCCUCGGUGUCAUGGACCGACAGAAGAAGGAGGAAGCGAAGGAACAGUCGAUGUUAAAGAUCAAAGAAGAACCAAAGCCUCAGUCGGCACAGUGGUUUCCCUUUAGUGGGAUCACUGAGCUGGUAAAUAACGUUCUUCAGCCCCAGCAAAAGUCCCAAAAUGACAAGGAGCCAGAGCCAGACGCGAAGUUGCACCAGCAGUUUGAAUCGUAUAAGGACCAGGUUAAGAAGAUGGGGGACGAGGCAAAGCAGGCUCAGGACCAGAAGAGCGAAGCCCCAACCUGCGGGAUAUGCCACAAAACCAAGUUUGCCGAUGGCUGUGGCCACCUCUGUUCAUAUUGCCAAACGAAAUUCUGUGCUCGGUGCGGAGGACGAGUGUCUCUGCGGUCAAAUAAGGUUAUGUGGGUAUGCAACUUGUGCCGAAAACAACAAGAAAUCCUCACCAAAUCGGGGGCGUGGUUCUACGGCUCGGGGCCUGGUCAGGUGCGGGGCGUGUUUGAGGGCGGGCCGCAGGGGAAGAAGGCCAAACUGCAGGACCCGUCCCUGUACCCCUACCAGGGAGUCUCAGGAGACUUGACACCAGCGUCAGACAGAAGCAGACCUCACGGCGGGCUCCUGCCCAGACAGGCGUCCCUUGACAACGGUUCGGGGCUGAGGUACUCGGGACCCGGCGACGCACCCAUAGACAGGAAACGAAGCCCAUCUGCAUCCAGGGAUCCAAACCAAAAAUACGACCAAAGGGAGGGGGGCGACCACUCACAGUAUGCCCCGACGGACGGCGGCAUGCCCAGAUCACCGUCCGACUAUGGGGAUGGGGACCCUCGGCGGGCUCCGCGGGGCCCUCACAUGUACCCAGACGUGGAUGCGGCACGGAUGGGCUACCGAGACCGGCGGGGACCCGGACGCUGGCACUCCCAGGAAUACCCGCUGGACCAGGAGCUAGACGGACCACCCAGCGAGUAUGACCUCCAGCGGCAGCGCCAGGAGGAGUUCCAGGCACGGUAUCGCAGUGACCCCAACCUGGCGAGAUAUCCUGUCAAGCCACAGCCCUACGAGGAGCAGAUGAGGAUGCAUGCCGAGGUGGGUCGCCUGAGGCACGAGCGCCGCCAUAGUGAUGUCUCCCUAGCUUACACGGAGCAGGACGACCCCGGCCCCAUCCGGCUGUCCCGUCAGCAUCUCACCGAGCGCCGGCCACCCAUGGUGGGACAGCGCUCUUACUCUGUCGACCGCUCCUCCCCGGGGCCCAUGGGUCCUGGCCUCGGGGGCCACAGAACCUCCAACCACAGUCCACCGACGCCGCACCGCAGCCCUGUGCUGGGUGACCGAUCUGGGGACCUGCGGAGAGGAGACCUGGGCGGAGGCGGGGAUCCCAUGAGGAGGCAGCAACACCACUUGGACCCCAGUUCAGCUGUCCGCAAGACCAAGAGGGAGAAGAUGGAGAGCAUGUUGAGGAACGACUCUCUCAGCUCGGACCAGUCGGAGUCGGUGCGUCCGCCACCCCCCAAGCCCCACAAAACCAAAAAGGGAGGGAAGAUGCGGCAGGUGUCACUGAGCAGCUCAGAGGAGGAGCUGGCCACCACACCGGAGUACACCAGCUGCGAGGACGUGGAGAUAGAGAGUGAGUCAGUCAGUGAGAAAGGGGACAGUCAAAGGGGAAAAAGAAAAACUAUUGAGCAGGCAUUUAUGUCCGAGCCGACACACACCUUAUCUGAGAGGCAAAAGAAAAUGGUGCGCUUUGGGGGACACUCAUUUGAAGAGGACUUGGCAUGGUGUGAACCGCAGGUUAAAGACUCGGGAGUUGAUACGUGCAGUAGCACUACCCUAAACGAGGAGCAUAGCCAUAGUGAGAAGCACCCGGUGACGUGGCAGCCGUCCAAAGAUGGGGAUCGCCUAAUAGGGCGUAUUUUGCUCAACAAGCGCAUGAAAGAUGGAAGUGUGCCUCGAGACUCAGGAGCUCUGCUUGGUCUGAAGGUGGUGGGAGGCAAGAUGACAGAAUCUGGUAGACUUUGUGCUUUCAUCACUAAAGUGAGGAAAGGAAGUCUAGCAGACACUGUUGGACACCUCAGACCAGGUGACCAGGUGCUGGAGUGGAAUGGGAAACUUUUACAAGGAGCCACAUUUAAAGAAGUUUACAAUAUCAUACUAGAAUCCAAGCCUGAGCCGCAGGUGGAGCUGGUGGUCUCAAGGCCUAUAGGAGAUAUUCCAAGGAUACCAGACAGCACACAUGCACAACUGGAAUCAAGUUCGAGUUCUUUUGAGUCUCAGAAGAUGGAUCGCCCGUCCAUCUCCGUCACGUCCCCCAUGAGUCCCAGCAUGCUGAGGGACGCCCCCCAGUACCUGUCAGGACAGCUCUCAGUCAAACUGUGGUAUGACAAAGUGGGCCAUCAGCUUAUCGUCACCAUCCUGGGCGCCAAAGACCUGCCACCCAGGGAAGACGGCCGGCCCAGGAACCCUUACGUCAAAAUCUACUUCCUCCCUGAUAGAAGCGACAAAAGCAAGAGGAGAACAAAAACGGUAAAGAAAUCCUUAGAGCCCAAAUGGAACCAGACCUUUAUGUAUUCGCCGGUGCACCGGCGGGAGUUUCGGGAGCGCAUGCUGGAGAUCACAUUAUGGGACCAAGCCAGGGUGAGGGAGGAGGAGAGCGAAUUCCUGGGAGAGAUUUUGAUUGAGCUGGAGACGGCUCUUCUGGAUGACGAGCCACACUGGUACAAGCUACAGACCCACGAUGUGUCCUCCAUCCCGCUCCCACGUGCCUCCCCGAACGCACAGCGCAGGCAGCUCCAUGGAGAUAGUCCAACCCGGCGGCUGCAGAGAUCCCAGAGGAUAAGUGACAGUGAGAUCUCAGACUACGAUUGUGAAGAUGGCGUCGGGGUAAUAACAGACUACCGGCCAAAUGGCAGAGACUUCCAGAGCUCCACGUUGUCUGUCCCUGAGCAGGUGAUGUCAUCUAACCACUGCUCCCGGUCAGCUGAUAUAAACCGAGCGCGUUCACGCUCCCCCAGCGUUCCCCCACCCUCCAGCAGAAGUCUGGACCCCGCCUUUGACCGUAGGCCUUCUCAGUACAGCCUCCCCACUAGAGUGGACCGCCACAGUGUGUCCGAAGAACACUACUCACCUGACAGGAACCACGGAGCCAUGGAUAGACACGAGUAUCACAGCAGGUCCCGCUCUGCAGACCAGCGGCCCACUAUAGAGCGCCCCACGUCCCGCUCGCGCUCCACUGAACGCCCCCACGACUCUUCGCUCAUGAGGUCCAUGCCGUCUCUGCCAUCUGGGAGGUCUGCCCCCCCCUCACCUGCCUUGACGAGGGCGCAUCCUCGUAGCGGAUCAGUCCAGACCAGCCCCACCAGUACCCCAAUGUCCAGCAGACGAGGUCGACAACUCCCACAGCUUCCACCGACGGGGAAGGACAGAAAAGUGACAUGGGAGGACCAGCAGCGAGGGGUGAAUGGCUCUCUGUCUGAUGGAGGGACACACCCCUCCUUCACUGAUGCAGGUUUGGACAUGGAGGAGAGGACCAGGCAGAUGAAAAUGAAGAUGAACAAGUACAAGCAGGGAACCGGCUCCGACUCCAGGCUGGAGCAGGACUACCACAAGCGUUCAGGCAGAGAUCCACGGGGCUCAGAUAACCUGUCGGCCAAGUCAUCAGACAGUGAUGUAAGCGACGUGUCCGCUGUGUCGAGAACCAGUAGUGCCUCUCGGUUCAGCAGCACGAGCUACAUGUCUGUCCAAUCAGAAAGGCCGCAAGGAAACCGCAAGAUCCGUGACUUUGCAUCCAAAAUGAAAAACAGGCAGAUGGGCUCGUCGGGCGGCAUGAACAUGACCAAGAGCACAAGCAUCAGCGGCGACAUGUGUAACCUGGAGAAGACGGACGGCAGCCAAUCGGACACGGCGGUCGGCACGGUAGGCACUGACGACAAGAAGAGGCGCUCCAGCAUUGGUGCCAAAAUGCAGGCCAUGGUUGGCAUGUCGCGCAAGAGCCGGAGUACCUCUCAGCUCAGCCAAACAGAAGCGGGAGGUAAGAAGUUGCGCAGCACUAUCCAGAGGAGCACAGAGACGGGCCUGGCGGUGGAGAUGAGGAGCAGGAUGACUCGGCAGGCCAGCCGGGAGUCCACAGAUGGCAGUAUGAACAGCUACAGCUCUGAGGGAAAUCUCAUCUUCCCUGGUGUGAGGCUCUCCUCAGAUGCCCAGUUCAGUGACUUCCUGGAUGGUCUGGGCCCCGCUCAGCUGGUCGGACGACAGACGUUGGCUACUCCACCUAUGGGUGACAUCCAAAUCGGCAUGGUGGAGAAGAAAGGAGCACUGGAGGUGGAGGUCAUCAGAGCCCGCGGCCUUGUGGGAAAACCAGGUUCCAAGGCACUGCCAGCACCAUAUGUUAAGGUCUACCUUUUGGAAAACGGAGUCUGCAUAGCCAAAAAGAAAACAAAAGUAGCAAGAAAAACCUUGGAUCCUCUUUACCAGCAGCAACUGCCGUUUGAGGAGAGUCCGGGAGGGAAGGUUUUACAGGUCAUUGUGUGGGGCGACUAUGGACGUAUGGACCAUAAAUCAUUCAUGGGAGCAGUUCAGAUACUGUUAGACGAGCUGGACCUGUCCAACAUGGUGAUUGGCUGGUUCAAGCUCUUUCCUCCUUCCUCACUGGUGGACCCUACUCUGGCCCCACUGACAAGAAGAGCUUCCCAAUCCUCACUGGACAGUUUCUCUCGAUCAUAGCAGCGUGUGGACUGAUAGCGUUGUUGUAGCAGCCAGUGUUGCGAUUACAGGUCACGCCCCCCGGUUACACUGCAUGCUUGAUGUUGUGUCUUCUGAGCCUGUUUCUAGGGGUGCAAACGUGAUCCUGUGUUUUGAGCAAAAACGUUGCACACAUUGUGCACGUGGCGAAGCGUGUUGCAAGCACCUGGCGGCCGGGAUUGCCGGGUGUUGUUGUUGUUGUUUGGAGGAAGCUGGAAUGAACUCCUUAGCACGAGGAAUCCGUCAGUUCCAGGUUUUCAUCCAAUUCGAAGCCAUGGGGGUCAGUCCUGGGAACCGCUAAACGAGUUCUACAGAAGCCCUUUUCGAAUGAAAAAUAAAUGUUUUGCUUUGACUUUUUUUUUUUUGUUCGUUUUCAUUUGUUUUCUUUUCUUUUUUUUUUCUUUAAAUGUCAAUGUAUCUGAAGGGGGUGACAGUGUUUCUAACCAGAUGCUUGGUCACGCCACGCCAACAGACCUAGCUGUGUAGAUGGAGUUUUGGUGACCAUCACUUUUGGGUGAGGUGUGUCCCAGCUUGUAUCCACACUCCCCCAAAACCCAAAAGAAAUACCCUGCAUACUCUAGGUUUAUGUACUGAAUCAAACCGUCCUGGUAAAUCACCAGGAAGACUUCAAAGUUAAUCAGAGGCAAUAUUGAACUGGCUACCAUCAACACUCCAGAAUAUACAGUAACGAUCAAAACCCCAUGAAAAGAUGUACAAUCUACCAUCAUUCUUUCUCUGUUGAUAUAUUGUAUGAAAAUUAAAUGAGAAAAAAUAUUUUUUUCCCUUUUUAGUUCAUUUGCAUGGACACAAAUUUAGCUGAAUUAAAAAAAAAAAGAAAAUUAUUUUCUUGAGGCUGCAACUUGCAAAAAAGAUGAAGAAAAAUAAAUAAAACAGAUCAGCCAUUUUCAACAAUUUAUAUUAUUUUUAAAGAUAAAUUUCACUAGUGCAUGGUUUUCAAGGGGAGUGAAUGCAACAUCGUGAUGAAAAAAAAUAGACAUUGUUUAUCAUUCUUUAGACCAUUCAUGAGUCUGUGUUUUGCAGACAUGCAGAUAAGGGAAACUUAAAGGAAACUUUUGGAGUUAUUUAACAGAAAAUGUUUAUGUGACAAAAAGUGAUAAUGAAAAUAAAUGUAAAUUAUUUAUUUCAUUGUAAAAGGCUCACGCCUUAUAAAGAUAAACAUUAUGUGCAAAUUGUACAUGUUUCUCUUUUUCUUCCUUGUCCCAGGGUACUUCUCAUUGUACUAUUCAUUACUACCAUUGUUCAGUCCCCUGAUAUUGUCCAGAUUUUAGGACUGUGGGUUAUUUUACAGUUCUGUAUUGUUUCAGUAUGUAUUUUAUUUUGGAUUUGAUUUGUUUAACAAGCAUGUUGAAAAGGAUUUUCUGCAACAUGGCUUGGGCACACCUUACAGUAACUCAGCAUGUUUUGAUAAAGAUGAUAUUUGGAAUUUUUGCAGUUUCUUGUACAGUGCAUGUCAACUUCAUUACUUUUCUCCCUCACCUUAAAUUGAGCUCUACAGCAAAUUAGUUCUUGGUCUUCCAUGACCAAUUAUUGAAGUUUUAACAAAACAUUCCACCCCCAAGGUCAUAUUUUCUUUAAGGUUUUUGAGAAAAAAAAAAGUGACAAGGAAAAUAUUUUAUAUUUAAUGGAGGUUGACGAAACAGUUGUGAUUGCAAGUGUAUUUUAUUUCAGUAUUGUUGACGAACAUGCAAAAAUAAUCUGUAUCAGUACAGCAAGAGGUCUAUACCUAAUCAAGAGGCAGCAAACAUGCAAAAGAUGUGUGUUGCUGCAGUUCAAUUUUACAGGCACUGUUUGUGAAGAUGAUCUAAUCACAAGUUCAAAUAACAAGGGAUAUUGCCACAGAAAAUGUUUUUUUUUUCUUGUUUUAAUGAAAAUGAAAUUAAUUUACUAUAUUUUUGUUAGUUUUAUUUAAAAGCCAAGACCAGUUUAUUUUUUAUUUUCUAUUUUUAGUAAUUAUUAAUACUUCUCAUGUCUGGGAAGUAUAUGAAUCUUAUAGUUGCAGUAUGUCUGAAUGAAAUUGAACUGAGGCAUUAUUCCUUUUCCACAUGAAGAUAAUGCGUUUUAAUGUCCAAGAAAACCUUGUCGCUGUAACAAGCUACAGUAUAUAUUUUCAUUUUGAUUUUCAUUGUACAUACCUUUAGAUGUCAGAAUUUGAAUAAACAAGCUACCAUGAAUAGACUCUCGUGGAACAGGAAAAAUGCCUCACAUGAUGACAAAGACAUAUGUUAUUUAUCCUUUUGAAUGCCUUUUAAUUUUCUCUUUUUGGUGCAAUGUGUUAAUGCCAAGGCUAUGUCUUGGUUAAGUAUGGUUGAGUACAGAGAUUUAUGUAAGUUAUUUUUCAAAUUAAAAAUAAAAAAUUGAUAUUACACUAA